ACACGAGCUAAUUAUAAGGUCGACCUUAUCGAGAGAAGUGUGUUAAGGCCCACAGCAUGUCAGACAAGAUAUUGGUACUACAAACAGGAGGUACUAUAGAUAAAUGCUACCCCAAAACCAUCCUGGGAUACUCGUUCGAGAUCGGCGAGCCUGCUGUCUCGCGCGUCCUGCCACGCGCACAGUCAUCAAUGGCCAUGGAGGUAAAAAGCGUCUGUAGGCUGGAUAGCCAGGAUGUCACAAAUGAUGAUAGGAUAAAGCUUGCACGUGCUUGUCGUGAAAGUGGCGUGAAAAAGAUUCUAGUAACUCACGGUACGGACACAAUGUUGGACACUGCUAGAAUGUUGUCGGAGGAGCAAUUAGACAAAAUCAUUGUUAUUACGGGUUCCUUCCUUCCGGAAACAUUUAAGGAUUCCGACGCCGACUUUAACAUUGGUUUCGCCCUUGGUUGUCUACAGACGCUGACGUCAAAUGGUGUUUAUGUGUCCAUGAACGGAUAUACCUUACCUUGGUCGAAAUGUCUGAGGGAUCCACAAACAAACAUGUUUGUACCAGUACCGUGACCCAUUCAUUCAUAUAUACAAUGUAAUAUUAAAUUCAUUCUGAGACGAAUAUGGAGUUAGUACCAAAACGUGACCUCAACAGUAACCCUUGACAAUGGCGUGAGAACAGAGGCCCACUUACGGAUCUCAUAUUGACGGUUUAAGUCGGGAAAUUAUAAA